GGUUUUAUCGUUUAAAGUGGGGAGGGUAAUAUUAAAAUCACAUAGUCUGUUUACAUAUCAGGUUACAGUGAUAUAUAUCAGACAGUCGCUUGCACUGAAACGCGCAGCUCUGACGCUCCGCGGAGCGACGGGCGUUUCUCUUCCCCUCUGGCGAAUGACUUCACAAAUUAAAGGUGUGCAUUUCGUACUACGUGGAAUUGGAAAUAAAAGCUUAAUUCGCGCACAUGGCUGGUGUUUGCGGGAAGAGCGCCGUGUCGCUGUCCGUGCUCAAGCGCUCGUUCUCGCUGCAGCGCGGGUGCCCGUGGCCUGUGCUCGCGGGUGCGCGGCGCGGCGCGCUGGAAGGACGGUUAAUGGCGGUUCCUCCUCACCCGUUCAGGGCUCAUCGACACCCCGCUUAUGUGUGCUUCUCCUGCCAGGACUCGAUGACUGAAACCCUGCGGACCUGCUAUUCGUAUCUGAACCAGACAAGCCGGAGUUUCUCCGCGGUGAUCCAGGCCCUGGAUGGAGAGUUACGGCAUGCCGUGUGUAUUUUCUACCUGGUUCUUCGAGCCCUGGACACGGUGGAAGACGACAUGACCAUCCCGCUGGAGAAGAAGGUCCCGCUGCUGCACGACUUCCACUCGUUCCUCUAUCAGCCCGACUGGAGCUUCAGCGAGAGCCGAGAGAAAGACCGGCAGGUCCUGGAGGAUUUCCCCACGAUUUCAGUGGAGUUCAGGAAUUUGGGCCAAGAGUAUCGGGACGUCAUUUCAGACAUCUGUCACCGGAUGGGUGCGGGAAUGGCUGAAUUCCUGGAGAAGAAAGUCGCUUCAAUGAAGGAGUGGGACAAAUACUGUCAUUAUGUGGCGGGUCUGGUGGGGAUCGGACUGUCCCGACUGUUUUCGGCGUCCCAGCUUGAGGACGCUGAGGUGGGCCGGGACACAGAGCUGGCCAACUCCAUGGGUCUGUUCCUCCAGAAGACCAACAUCAUCAGGGACUAUCUGGAGGACCAGCAGCAGGGACGGGCCUUCUGGCCACAGGAGGCCUGGAGUCAGUUUGCGUCCCGUCUGGAGGAUUUUGCCCAGCCUCAAAACCUGAGCUCUGCCCUGUCCUGCCUCAACCUGCUGGUGACCGACGCCCUUCGCCACGUCCCUGAUGUCAUCGCGUACCUGUCCCGCCUCCGCAACCAGAGCGUCUUCAACUUCUGCGCCAUUCCUCAGGUGAUGGCGAUAGCGACUCUGUCUGCGUGCUACAACAAUCCUCAGGUGUUCCAGGGCGUGGUGAAGAUCCGGAAGGGUCAGGCGGUGACGCUCAUGAUGCAGGCCACAAACAUGGGCGCCGUUCAGAGCAUCAUCGCACAGUACAGUCAGGAGAUCCUGCAGAAAGUCUCCAUCACGGAUCCGUCCCGGGAACAAACGCUGUGUGUCCUGAAUCUGAUCCGUGAGAAGAGUGUGUCCCGAGCAGCGCUGACGCCCCGAGCGCAUCACAUCUCUCCGGUGUGUGUGUCGGCGGCGAUGAUCCUGGCGGCCCUCAGCUGGCAGUACCUGAACGCCACCGCGGGGCCAGCAGGGGGCGCCGACGUGCAGGGGCACUGACACACACACACACACACACACACACACUGCCCAAACAAGAGGACUGAAGAAAGGGCUUGAGUUCGGGAGUACAAGCUUGUUUUCUGUUUAGGUGAAUCUCACAAACACUCGUCCAAGUCGUGUUUCAGCUCGUAAUCAAGAGGGAAAAGCCUAUUACAA